AUGGAUAGCGAUAGCCCCUCAUCUUAUCGUUCUCAGUUUGGUUCAGCGAAGUUUUCUCGUGUGCGAUGGGUUGAUUUAGGAGGACAGCAAAAAAAAUUCCUGACCACGACGUAUGAUUCUCGAAGUAAAGAAAUAGCUGCAUGGUCAUUUGUUGAAGAUGCUGGAUUAUCAGAUGAUUUAUUCUCAUGCGAAUGCAAAUUGUUUAUCGAUGCAGACGUGAAUGAUUUGCUACUAUAUCAUAGUACGAAAUUCGCGGCUGCGAUGAGCGAUGGUUCAAUAAGGUUACUGGAAUAUGAUUCAGGCGUCAUUAAACCCACGAAGAAAUACACUAAUAUAUAUAAUACUUGUUCUUAUAAUGCAUUAUGUUAUAACAAUGAUAAGAUCAUCAGUGGUAGUGAGGGUGGCAAUUUGAUAAGUAUUGAUUUGGAAGGCAAUCGCAAGGAAAUUGUGCAUUUGAGUAUGGCAAGCGUACGCUCCUUAGCAUCGAUCUCACGGGAUGUAUUUGUGUCAGCCCAUCUGGAUGGGCAAAUCUGUCUAUGGGAUCUCAGAGUAGAGACCAAAUCACCUCGCCCUGUAUUUUCCUGCAGAGUCACGGACUGUUUCCAAGGUACUACUUCACUUGCUGCCCAUCCUGCCGAGCCUAAUUUGAUUGGGUUUGGUACCGAGGAUGGUAGUAUUGGCUUUCUCGAUACACGUCGAAGCAAUUAUUUGUUGAAUACUGUUUCAGUUUUUUUUCCAGUUGGUACAGUAUGGGAGGUAGCCUUUCAUCCAAUUUAUCCAUCAAAUUUUUACUGCGCAACUGGUAAAGGUCAUUUGUUGCAUUUGAAUAUCAAAGGAUCUGGUCUUUCCAAUUCGACCUCAAAUCAUAACAGUCAAGCGCGAGCAAAUGCAUGGCUUUCACCUGGGAAUGCGAAUGUUACUGCUCUUAUUGAUUGUAUGAUAUCAGUAAACACUUUCAGCAUAUCGACGAAUGGAAUUAUCGCGUGUUCAGACAAUCAGAUGAUUACUUAUAUUGACAAAAAAUAUCUGGCUUAA